AUGGCGUGUGAAGAAGUAGCUUGUGCGGUGAACAACGAUUCCACUGAGAAUGUGAACGAUAUUGUCCCUAAAAUUCAUAUGUGGUUUGAUACAAUUGAAGAGGUUAAAAGUUUUUACACUAACUAUGCUGUGAGGAGUGGUUUUGGUGUUCGGAUAAGGACUUCUAGGAGAAAUAAGAACAACGACUUAAUCUUCCUUAAAUUAGUUUGCUCUAGGGAAGGGAAGUACCUAACUUCCAUUGCUCCAGAAUGGAAAACCCAGCCAACUCAGAAAAACCAAUGUCCAGCUGGAAUAACUGUUGUUAUGAAAGAAGGAAGAUGGCAGGUGAGAACAGUUGUUAUUGAACACAGCCAUGACAUGUGUCCAAAUAACUCCAACCUUAUACGUGGUAAUCAAAGAAUUAAUAUGCAUGCGAAGCACACCCUUAAUAUCAAUGAUAAUUCUGGUGUUCGCAUUAACAAAAGUUUCAUAUCUUUGGUGAAUGAGGCCGGUGGGUUUGAAAAUAUGCAAUUCGUGGAACGUGAUGCCCGUAAUUACAUUGGACAGCAGAGAAGAACUCUUUGUAAGGAAGGUGAUGGCCAAACACUUUUAAGAUAUUUUUCAAGAAUGAGAGAAUUAAACAAUGAUUUUUUCUAUGAUAUGGAAAUGGACGACGACAACCGAAUAAGCAGUGUCUUUUGGGCCGAUGCACGAAGUCGCGCAGCAUGUGUAGAUUUUGGUGAUGUUGUGUCGUUUGACACAACCUACCUAACAAACAAAUAUGAUAUGCCAUUUGCACCAUUUGUUGGUGUUAAUCAUCAUGGUCAUUCAAUAUUACUGGGUUGUGCUUUGAUUUCUGCAGAGGACACUAGGACAUUCACAUGGUUAUUUUCAACUUGGCUUAGAUGUAUGUCAAACAAGGGUCCUCAAGGUAUCGUGACUGAUCAAUGCAAGGCAAUGUCCAAUGCCAUAAAUCUUGUGUUUCCAAACACAAAACACCGUUGGUGCUUGUGGCACAUAAUGAAAAAAAUACCUGAGAAGUUGCAAGGCUACAAAUGCUAUAAAGCAAUCAAAAGUGAACUUAAGAGGCUUGUGUAUGACACAGUCAGUUAUGAAGACUUUGAGUUAGGCUGGGCAAAUUUUAUGUCAUGUCAAGGGUUAGAGAAUAAUGAUUGGCUAAAUUCAUUGUAUGCAGAUAGACAACGAUGGGUUCCUUGUUAUAUGAAACAUCAAUUUUGGGCGGGAAUGUCAACUACCCAACGAAGUGAGGGCAUGAAUGCAUUCUUUGAUGGAUUCAUAAAUUCAAGUACAACACUUCAACAAUUUGUGCAGCAGUACGAUAACGCCCUGCGACAAAAAGCGCAAAAAGAACUUGAGGCCGAUUUUUCUUCAAUGAAUACGACUCUACCAUGCGGAUCUCAAUCUCUUAUUGAAAGACAAUACCAAACCGAGUACACACAGGCCAAAUUUGUGGAAGUUCAAAACGAAUUUCGGUCACGCAUGAACUGCUUCAUUAAAAACAUGACAAAAGAAGGUACAAUAACUAGGUGGAGCAAAAACGUCCGUAGAAGACAUACUCUCAUUAAAGCAUCUUACACCAACAACAUUGAAGACCGUAAGAUGCAAAGGUACCAAGCUUUGUGUAAGCGUUUCUAUGACAUCGCAGAGGUUGCUUGUGAUUCUGAGACUGCAUCUGAUAACUUGCUGUCGGAUUUAAACUGUAUAGCCAAAACUUUGGGUGUAUGUACAUCAACGACAUUGUCGAUGGUCAAUGAUGCCUCUCACAUGGAUGGACGUCUGCAUUGUAAUGAAGACGUUCGACCUAGUUCUGAAAUUGACGGCUUACUUGUGCGCAGUCCUGUAGCUGUCAAACGCAAAGGCCGACCCAGGACAAAAAGGUUGCAAUCAACAGUUGAAAAAAUUACAAAAAAGAAAAAGUCCCAUGCUACUAAAACCAAACAUGCAAGGAAUUCCAAUGAUACAAGUAACCAAGACAUAACGGACGUCCACAAUGUUCAGGAACUUCCAAAUGAGGAUAUGUUUGAAUCUCAAGUCACCCAAUCAGAAUUCAUGUCUUUAUUGACAUCCGAAGAAUACAUCGACAUUGGGUACGUUGAUAGGCACUUUGCUGCGGCCUUUCAAAAUGAAUUAGGACCGACAUGGUCCUUGCUGGACAACAAUGGUCACAUGCAUGUGGUGACUUAUAACAUGGAUACCGUCAAUCCAAGAAUAACUAAUGGUUGGGGUCAAAUGAGAAACAUAUACCCUGAAAGAUUGAACGAUUCCCACAUAAGCUUCGACUAUGUGGGUAAUAAUAAUUUCCAUAUCACCAUAUAUUUCGGUGCUUGCUCCCAAGAGCGUAGGGAAUCCUUCAUUUAUGAUGGUACCAAUUAUCCUGAUACGUCAUUGUUUUCGGUGAAGUUGACAAAAUCACAAGCACGGGGAAGUCAUUUGGACUUGCAAAUUGCAUUUGAGAAUCUUAUCAGGAGCAAAGGCUUGACACAGGUUAUGCUCCUUGGACAGAAGGACAGCGUCAUGUGUAGUGUUUUGGUUUCUGUCACUCGCAAUUCCACAAAGUUUGGCAAAGGAUGGAAGGAAUUUUGCACGGAAUAUGGGUUGAAGGAGGGAGACGUGCUAGUCUUUGAGGUUAACAAUCUUGGAAAUGACAUUUUAGUUGAAGUUUAUAUUAAUGGAUGUCCCUGUACUGUGAUACAUCCAAUCUCAGUGUAA